AUGAGAUGGAAAAUUGGGCUACCAAGUUCUAGUUCUACUCAUCCAUCUGUUACUUCAUCCGUAGCUCUAGAAAUUCAAAGGGAAAUCAUGGCUCUAGAAAUUCGAAGGGAAACAUUUCCUUUGGGUGUUAAUUUAGAAUCUCUUGAAGCUGAUCCGAGAAUUAGAAAGCCUAUUGCAGAAUAUAACCCUAAUAUAGGUGAUGAAGUUAGGAGAUAUUAUAUUCGAAAAGAGCCUUGCCAACCUGAGGUUCAUGAUUUUCCUAAAACUAAGUUUGGGAAGGAAAUGCGCCAGUUUAAUCCUAAUUGUAAUGGAAAUACAAGUGAAACUUAUACAAAAGUUGGCUUUAAAGCUUGGAACAAGGCUCUUGAAAGAUUUAGAGUUCAUGUUGGAGAGAAACUCGAAAAAGACAAAAGGGAAUCGCGAUGUCGCUUGAGUGCUUCAGUCGAUGUGACAAAGUUUCUCUUGAGACUAGAAUUAUCAUUCCAUGGGCAUGAUGAGAGUCAAUGUUCUUCAAAUAGAGGUAUCUUUCUUGAACUUUUGCAAUGGUAUGGAGAUAUUAAUGAAGAUGUUGGAAGCAUUAUAUUAGAAAACGCCCCAAAAAAUGAAAUGAUGUAUUCUCCAAGUAUUCAAAAGGAUAUUGUUGAUUCUUGUGCUAAAGAAACAAUCAAAGCCAUCAUUGAAGACCUGGAUAGGGAUUAUUUUGAGAUACUAGUUGAUGAAUCAAAGGAUAUAUCACACAAGGAGCAAAUGGAAAUUGUUCUGAGAUACGUUAAUAAAGAAGGAGAAGUAGUAGAGCGAUUUAUUGGUAUUAUUCAUAUUAGUGAUACAUCUGCUCGUUCAUUAAAGGAGGCAAUCUACUCUUUUCUUUCAGAUCACUCAUUAAGUCCAUCACAAAUACGUGGGCAAGGUUACGAUGGAGCUAGCAACAUGCAGGGAGAGCUAAAUGGUCUUAAGACUUUGAUUUUGAAUGAGACUCCAUCGGCAUAUUGCAUUCAUUGUUUUUCUCACCAAUUGCAGUUAACACUUGUAGCUCUUGCAAAGAAGAAUUCAAAUCGUAGCGAUUUGCUUCGAGAACAUCAAGCUGAAAAAUUAGAAGAAUUGCUCAUAUCAGGUGAAGUGCAUACUGGGCGAGGAUUAAAUCAAGAACGUGGACUUCAAGACCAGGAGAUACUCGUUGGGGUUCUCAUUAUAGAACAUUAG